GUCUUCCCUUCCGGGGAGACCGCGUCCGCCGGGGCGGCUCCCCACCCCGCCCCCCGCGGCUCGGCUCGGGGUGACGCUUCUCCAAUAACAGCGCGCGGGGAGCACUGCUCGGGCUCGGCCGGCGCCCGCCGCCCUCCCGCCGCCGCCGCCGCCGCCGCCGCCACCAUGCGGGCUGAGGAGGGCGACGGCCUGGAGCGCUUCGGCAGCCCGGGCAAGGGCCGGGGGCUGCGCGCCCUGCGUCCCUUCCAGGUGGGGGACUUGCUCUUCUCCUGCCCGGCCUACGCCUGCGUGCUCACGGCCAACGAGCGGGGCAACCACUGCGAGCACUGCUUCGCCAGGAAAGAAGGAUUGUCCAAAUGUGGAAGAUGCAAGCAGGCAUUUUACUGCAAUGUGGAGUGUCAGAAAGAAGACUGGCCCAUGCACAAGCUGGAAUGUUCUGCCAUGGUUGUUUUCGGGGAAAACUGGAGCCCCUCCGAGACCGUCAGGCUCACGGCAAGGAUCCUGGCCAAACAGAAAAGCCACCCGGGGAGAACCCCUUCAGAGAAACUGCUGGCCGUGAAGGAGUUUGAAUCGCAUCUGGAUAAAUUAGACAAUGAGAAGAAGGAUUUGAUUCAGAGUGACAUUUCUGCUCUCCAUCACUUCUACUCCAAGCACCUCGAGUUUCCCGACAACGAGAGCCUGGUGGCACUCUUUGCACAGGUUAACUGCAACGGCUUCACCAUUGAGGAUGAAGAACUGUCUCAUUUGGGAUCAGCAAUAUUUCCCGAUGUUGCAUUGAUGAAUCACAGUUGCUGCCCCAACGUCAUUGUGACCUACAAGGGGACCCUGGCGGAAGUCAGAGCCGUCCAGGAAAUCAGCCCGGGAGACGAGGUGUUCACCAGCUACAUUGACCUCCUGUAUCCCACAGAAGACAGGAACGACCGGCUGCGAGACUCUUACUUCUUCACCUGCGAGUGCCGGGAGUGCACCACCAAGGACAAGGAUAAGGCCAAGGUGAAAAUCCGGAAGCUCAACGACCCCCCCAAGGCCGAGGCCGUCCGGGACAUGGUCCGGUACGCGCGCAACGUCAUCGAGGAGUUCCGGAGGGCCAAGCACUACAAGUCCCCUAGCGAGCUGCUGGAGAUCUGCGAGCUCAGCCAGGAGAAGAUGAGCUCGGUGUUUGAGGACAGUAACGUGUACAUGCUACACAUGAUGUACCAAGCCAUGGGCGUCUGCCUGUACACCCAGGACUGGGAAGGAGCUCUGCGAUACGGACAGAAAAUCAUUAAGCCCUACAGCAAGCACUACCCACGGUACUCCCUGAACGUGGCCUCCAUGUGGCUGAAGCUGGGCAGGCUGUACCUGGGCCUGGAGAACAGAGCUGCCGGUGAGAAAGCCCUGCGGAAGGCCUUGGCGAUCAUGGAAGUGGCUCACGGCAAAGAUCAUCCGUACAUUUCUGAGAUCAAACAGGAAAUUGAAAGCCACUGAAACGAUGCCAGUGUGGCAGUUGUUAUUUAAAGUGCUCAUGCAGAAACCUUCGAGUAUUUGAAUAUUUCCAAUCAGAUACAUCACGCCUGCAUUUCUGUAAAGUCAUUGCCAUGAAAACACUAUGUGCACUUCAACCUUAACACAUGGCACUCGUGGGAUUGGUCUUAAUUUUAACCGUCAGGUCACAGUCGUUUUUUAAUGCUUUCCCUCCUAAGAGAGGAUGGCAUGAUUUCAUGUAUGAUACUUGGGACAGGUUGAGUUUUGAAAACUGUGAUUAUGUCUUUCUCUUCAUGCCUGUUAUUAUAAUGUGAGCAAACCUGAAUGAUGAAAGAGAAUAAAAAAGGGAAUGGUA